UGAAGCCAUGUUUUUGCUUACAAACAAGUAACGUUUACCGCCCCGAUCCGAGCUCCGUGAGCCCGUGGCCGCAUCAGUGGAGAACGACUCCCGCAUUCUCGUUUCAUUGAUUUGGAUAUACCUAAUAUCCAAUUGGAUGUUAUGGGACAAAUAGUGUGUUGAUUAGUUUUUUAAAGAAAUCUGGGAUACCUAGAAGCAUCCUACGCGGCACUCCUCAGGCAGGAAAGAUAAACAUAUAGUUUUGUGCGACGGAGAUUCUGGGAUUUUCUGCUAUUCAGAGAAUGAGUUUCGGGGUGAGCUGGUGAAUCAGCGGUGGACGCGAGGCGAGAGGAUCAGCCGCUGCGGACCCACACUCCGACUAAAGAGCCCGCCAAUCAACAUGAGUCUGGACACUGACGACAAGCGCACCCGCACACGGUCCAAAGGGGUCCGAGCUGCUGUAGAUGUAGUAGGACAAGACCUCAGCUGUCCCACCCCAGGAUGCAAUGGCUCUGGCCAUAUCAGUGGGAAAUAUGCCCGACACAGAAGUGCACUCAGCUGCCCCUUGGCCCGGAAGCGCCGUCUUCAGGAGGCAGAGCUCGAGCAGGAGCAGCCCGCCUCCAAGAGGAAGUCCCACCCCCUCAAGCUGGCCAUGGACGAGGGCUACAGCGCGGACAGCGACGGGAGCGGCGAGGAGGUAGAGCCGAAGGAGGAAGAGGAUGAGGAAGAAGAGGAGAGAGAGGAGGGAGAGCAGGAGGUCACAGAGUCCCAGCAACAGCAGCAGCAGCAGCAGCAGCCACAGCAGCAGGAACAGUCUCAGGAAAUGGAGGAGGAGCCAGAGGGCGAGGAGGAGGAGCCACAACAGCCGGAACAGAGGCACGAGGAAGAGGAGGCUGAUGAAGAGGAGUGUGUGAUCAUUGAGUCGUCGAGCACACAGAAGCCUAAAGGCGAGGACUACUCCAGAUACCAGCAGAUGGCAGCCAGUUCCCUGCUCAACCUGAGCCAGGUGACCGAGAGGCCGCCCAGUCCUCCGCUCGUCUCGGAGGCGGAGAGGAACGGCCAGGGAGGCUCUGAGCACUCAGCCACGGAGGACGAGGACGAGGAAGAGGAGGAGGAGGAGGAAGAGGAGGAGGUAAAGAGAGGUGAGACGCGAGGCAGUGAGAAUGGAACAGAGGAAGUGAGCAGUGUGAUCUCUCGGCCGGUCAGUGAGGAGGAAGGCGGCAAAGAGCAGGCUGAGGAAGAGGAGGACGAGGCGGAUGAAGAGGAGCCAGCGGAGGCAGGAGAGAGGCCGAAAGAGUCGGACCACCAGUACUUCAGCGAGGAGCUGCACCAACACCCCGAGGAUCAGCAGAAGCAGGAGGAAGAGGAGGAGGAAGAGGAGCUGGAGGAGGGAGAGGUGACCGGACCGCAGCCAAACCAGCCGAGAGAGGAGGAGGAAGACGAUUAUGAGGAUGAAGAGGAUGAAGAAGAAGGCUGUGGUGAACUAGUGGAGCGAGGAGAGUUCAUCACCCACGGGCGCCCCAACAUCAUCACCAGCACCCACAUUGCCAUGACGGCACACAGCACCCCGGAAAGCCGCAGCAACGGCCACGGGGAUCUGGAGGAGCGGGAGAACUACAUUACCCACGGUGCCUCCCCGCUGCACGUGCCCAUCCUUCGCAAAGCAGGCUCAUCACCUGUGGUCAUUGAGGUGCGCUCGGAGGGCUCGGAGAGAGACGAGGACGGUGAUGACGAAGGCGAGGACGACGACAGCCUAUCGCAUCGCUCGGCCAUCACCGACACCGAGUCGGAGAUGUACGACAUGACGCGCGGCAACCUGGGCCUCCUGGAGCAGGCCAUCGCCCUGAAGGCCAAGCAGGUGAGGGGGCCCCGGGGCCCACUGGGGGCCCACCUGCCAGAGCAGCAGCAGCACCACCGUUACUUCACCUUCGACGAGAGGCCCAGCCCUAAGCACCUGGACGGCCUGCGCAAGAGCUACUACAGCAAAGAUACCCCCAGACCGGAGAAGCGAGAGAUCAAAUGCCCCACCCCGGGCUGCGAUGGGACGGGCCACGUGACUGGCCUCUACCCCCAUCACCGCAGCCUUUCCGGCUGCCCCCACAAGGACCGGAUCCCACCUGAGAUCCUGGCCAUGCAUGAGAAUGUGCUGAAGUGCCCCACACCCGGCUGCACAGGACAGGGUCACGUCAACAGCAACCGCAACACCCACCGCAGCUUGUCAGGUUGCCCCAUCGCCGCAGCCGAGAAGCUGAACAAGAGCCACGACAAGCAUCUUACCCAGCCUAUGAGCGACCAUCCCAAAGGAAGCCCCAACUCUGACCGCGUACUCAGGCCCAUGUGUUUUGUGAAGCAGCUCGAGAUUCCGCACUAUGGCAGCUACAAACCCAAUGUGGUGUCCACCACGCCGCGCGCCAACCUGGCCAGGGAGCUGGAGAAGUACUCCAAGGUGUCCUUCGAUUAUGCAAGCUUCGACGCCCAGGUGUUUGGCAGGCGCAUGCUCGCUCCAAAGAUGCAUACCAGCGAAACCUCACCCAAAGCCUUCAAAUCCAAACUCUCCUUCCCCAGAGCCCCCUCUCCCAGCCACGGUCUGCAGGGUGGCUUCGUCAAGGGCGUCCCCUCUGCCUACGACUACUCCCACGACGCCGAGGCCGCGCACAUGGCCGCCACCGCCAUCCUCAACCUGUCCACGCGCUGCUGGGAGCGUCCCGAGAACCUCAGCACCAAGCCCCAGGACAAGACUAUGGAGAUUGAAGUGGAUGAGAAUGGGACUCUGGACCUGAGUAUGAAGAAGCCCAUGAAGCGUGAGGGCAGCGUGUCGGGGGCCAGCCCCGGUGUCCGCUCGCCCGAUCCCUCGUCCUCAUCCUCGUCCUCGCUCCACUACGGACACAGCGGCAUGACCUCGCCACACUCCGUCCACGCCUACAAGCAGGAGGAGUGGGACGGCCCACUGGACUACACCAAGCCCAACCGCCAGCGCGAGGAGGAGAUGGAGGAGAUGGAACACACAGCACAGUCCUUUGCCUCGUCCGACCCCGAGGACUGUGAGAUGAUGCAGGACUGCUUGGAGGACAGGAAAUACCCUGGAGAGGUCACGACCCCCAACUUCAAGGUUAAGUUCCAGUCACCCAAGGACAUCAAGAAGGACCUGCUGUCGUGCCCCACCCCUGGAUGUGAUGGUAGCGGCCACAUCACUGGAAACUAUGCAUCACAUCGCAGCCUGUCUGGGUGUCCUCUUGCUGAUAAGAGUCUGCGGUCCCUCAUGGCAGCCCACACUCCUGAACUCAAGUGCCCCACUCCUGGAUGUGAUGGUUCUGGUCAUAUCACUGGUAACUACGCCUCACACAGAAGUUUGUCUGGUUGUCCUCGUGCCAAGAAAAGUGGAAUAAAAACGACUCCUACCAAGGACGACAAGGAGGACUCCGAGCUCAUAAAAUGCCCAGUGCCUGGCUGUGACAGCCUGGGCCACAUCAGUGGGAAGUACGCCACCCACCGCAGUGCCUACGGCUGCCCACUGGCCGCGCGCCGGCAGAAGGAGGGCCUGCUCAACGGCACCCCCUUCUCCUGGAAGGCCUUCAAGACCGAGGGCCCCACCUGUCCCACGCCAGGCUGUGAUGGCUCGGGCCACGCCAACGGCAGCUUUCUCACCCACCGCAGUCUCUCUGGUUGUCCUAGAGCCUCUCUCACCAAGAAGAAGACCCGCCUGCCUGAGGACGAUUACCUCAGCACCAAGUUCAGGGCUAGCGAUGUCCUUGACAAUGAUGAAGAUAUCAAACAGCUGAACAAAGAGAUCAAUGAGCUCAGUGAGUCCAACAAUGAGAUGGAGUCAGACAUGGUCAAUCUCCAAACACAGAUCUCGUCCAUGGAGAAGAACCUGAGGAACAUUGAGGAGGAGAACAAGCUAAUUGAGGAGCAGAAUGAGGCUCUGUUCAUGGAGCUGUCCGGCCUCAGCCAGGCCCUCAUCCGCAGCCUGGCCCACAUACGCCUGCCCCACAUGCGUGAGCCCAUCACCGAGCAGAACUUCGACAGCUAUGUCAGCACACUGACUGACAUGUACACCAACAAGGACUGCUACCAGAACCCAGAGAAUAAGGCUCUGUUGGAAACCAUCAACCAGGCUGUCAAAAGCAUCAAGGUCUGAGGGGCACGACGCACGACCAGAAGAGAGGAAGAAGAAGAAGAAGAAGAAGAAGAAGAAGAGGAGCGACUACAGUAUAAAUAAUUGGAGUUCUGAUCUGUUGUGAAAUGUGUUUGAAGGAGAGAGGAAAAAAUGGGGGGCAUUCAGGUUAUUUUUCAAAUGCCGACUUAAACCCCAACCGUCAUCCCAAGGAGUGUUCUGUGACACAGUCAGCAUGUCAGGCGAUGGGGGGAUUGAGGGCCAAAAUUGACAAAAGCUGCUGGCUAUGGACCGAAAAGCAUGGGCAGCCCAGAACAAAAUUCUUCAGUCUGGUUCACGCAAUGGCAUAUCUGUAGAGUACUUUUUUUAUUUUACAAGCGUUCCUUUUUUUUAAUUCUGUUUUUUUUUUUUUUUUUUAAACCCAUGAUCAUGAGCGAUACCUGUCAUCUUCGUUCACCAAACAUGGUGGGCACCAGAUCAGGAGCGGAAGUGUGCAGUGAGGAAGAGUUACUUGAUGUCAGCAGCACCUGCCAUCAGAGAGGCGGAAAGGGGAGGAGGAAGAACCAGCCAAUGAAAUCAAAUCUUGUGCGGUGAUCCGAACGUGCAUCAGGGAGGUAUCUACUACAUGAAAAGUCAAUCAGCUUGCAGUAAACUGUCAAGUUUCUCUACCAGUGUACAUAGCAAACGUACGUGAAGAAGGAUAGCUGUGCAACUGCAGAUCCACUUCCAGAGGCGGAAAGUCUUUUGCUCAAUAGAAUGGCUUGGCCUGGUCAUGGUAUGGAAUCCUAUUCACCACAUCUUUCUGAAGUUACCGAGGAAAGAAAGAGAGAGAGCAGGACAGGUUGUGAAGGAAAAGAAAAGAAAAAGAAAGAAAGUCCUUACAAAUGCAGUGGAGGGAAAUCUGAAGAGGAGUUCACACUAAAGCUUACGGCUUCCGACCGCUUUAAGAUUGCCUUCCUGGACACUGAGGAGGAACGUUAUCUCCUAGUGCAGUUCCAUUACCAGUCCUUUGACAUCAGUCUCCUAUUGUCCUACUGUGGGGUCAGAUAUGGUACUCCAGCAUCCCACAUAGCCUCUGUCCUUCAGGUUAUCAUCCACGAUUAAAAGAUGAAGAGUUUUGCUGCAGCCACUAGAUUACAUGUUUUAUCUGCUGUCUCUAGUGUGGGAGGCAGACCUUGUAAAUAUAUUUCAGUUACACUCAGUCAUAUCAAUGCUAUUUAUGAACGUUAAAAACUGCACUUCAUCGUAGUUUAUAGUGUAAUUAUUAUUGGUAUAUAAAUUAUUUAAGAUCUCUAAAAGGAUCAUAUUGUAAUUUAUUUCUAUUUUAUUACUAUUUUAUUUGAAUGUUGCCUAUUUAUUUUUUAUUUGUAUCAUUUUUCCUAUUUAAAAUUCCUAUUUAAAAACGCAAUGCAGCCCAUAGUUUUUUUUUUUCCUGAGGCCAUGGAAUAUGGGAAGAUAUCAAUAUUUAAAAAGAAGCUAUAUAAUGACCAACCACGCAUACUUAUUUUGUAUAUCUUGUUUUCCUUUGAAGAUAGUUUUUUAACAUUUUUAAGUGCAAAUAUUUUUAACAGACAAAUUUUGAUAGUUUUAUAAAGUUUUUUUUUUCAUCUUAUUGUUUCUGCUUUCUGACACCCAUAACUAAGGGAAUAUUUCAAAAUGUAUUUAUUAUUUAUUUAAUAUUUAAUAACUAAUUGACUGUGACGUUGUAUAUUUUGUAAUGUCUAUGUGUUUGUGAUGACUGGGUCUGAGUAGUCUUAAAAUCCUGCUGAUAUUUAAAUAAAGAAAAAAAAUCUAUGGGGAAAAAGUAUAAAUAGUGUUUGAUUAUCUGAGGCUCACUUGGCAGAUCUACAGUUCUUUCUGGAGAACAAAAAUUGGAAAACAAAAAUACAUCCUCAACAAAAAUCUUUUUUUAGUGCCGCAGGGGCUCACCUUUGACCCAGUUAAAAUGUCAGAAAAUGUUGUUUUCCCAGUAGAAACCUGGAUAGAAAGAACCUGACAUUCUUUCAAACAUCACCUUUGCUGCCAAGACCGCCUCACCCAAAACUUAAAGAGUUAAAUUACACCAUUCCUUGAGAUUCUUACUACUCCCAUCCCUCUUGAAGCGACAUUUUGUUCAGGAUCUGUCAGACAUGGCAGAGACAUUAAAAAGCAAGCUGAUAUCAGAUGCGUAUAUACCCUUGUAGCCUUAUUCUUCAGUUCCGUUGCUCACGCACAAAGUGCCACUAGCCCUUUUUCUUUAUCAUUCAGCAGCUACCCUUGGGUCACGUGACCAUGGCAUAGAGUCUUGAUUGUUACAGAUGCCUUUAUACCGCCAAGAUGGCCAUAAAUACACUAUGUAUACACACUGUAUAAAAAAAGAUUAAACUCUAUAUAUACAAAGAUAUAAAACAUACAUAUAUUUUUUCAGUGUAAUUGUUAACUCUUUUUCUCUUGUUGUAGCUUCUCAGAAGAAACAAAAAAAAAAUAUCAGUCCAAAAGCUGUGAGAAUAAUUUUCAAUAGGAGGAAAUUUCAAACCUAAUAAUGGCCCAGUCAACUGUGCUUUAAGGAUACAUGUGUACUAUGGUCAGUCAGUCAGAUUUCUAAAGUUCUAGAAAGCCGGGAUUCUUUGUAUAGUUUCAUAUCCCUGUUCAUUUGUCAUCAGUCUACACAGGAUGUAACUGUGUGUAUUGUCAUAUCCUUGUCAUUUGAUCUGGUGAUGACUAAAUCCUAUAUUGUGUGUUCCUUGCAUUUGAGUGCACAAGCAUGUGCAUAUGGUGUAGAUGCAGUUCAUGCACAGCGAGUACUCCAUGGUGGUGAUACUUGUACGUCCUUAGUAUUGUACAGUGUUGUGAAGUUACAAUGGAAGAAACUGGAGUUGUGUUUCAGAUACUGAUCCCAAGAAUUGUGUCAACAAUGAACUAUUAUAGAAUGGACAAGAACAUGCUUUAACUGCAAGACAACCCAUGUACUCCUCAGUUAGUUAGUGGCUUUGUGAAAAAUGGUGUAGAGUUAGGUAUGAUGUAAGUCAUAGUUUCUUGACCAUACAAUAGGUCUCUUUUGUGCACUUUUUAAGUGUUUCCAAUGCCAGCAAUGAACCUAGGAUCCAAGGCAA